ACAAGCCCAGCUGACGAGGAGAAUUAAGUGUUACGUGCGAAGAACAGCUUUCUAAUCUCUGAUCUCUUGGAUUACUCCUCCAAUGGACGGGACUUAGCCCCAGUCCGUGGUUUUUGGCCACUAUUUUACGCACGCUGCGCGGCGUUUUUGUGCGGUCAUAGCUGCGCCCCUUGCAUUUGCAUGAUGGAUUAAACACUCAUUAGUUUUAGCCUACUUUUUGGUUUGUUCUCGCCGAACAAUUGUGGAUCAUUAAUGGACUCGCAUCAUGCUAAACGAUGAUGAACUUUUGGUCACUGAAGCGCGCAGCCGUAUGUUGGAUUAAGAGCCACAGACUUUCCACAGCUCCUGGACCAGGCACCUGUUUAUUCUCCUGAGACACUUUGACCUGUUUUCCUCCUAUAGACGCGCUGGGAUGGAGAGUGAGCUGAGACCCAGGCUGUGUUUCCUGACCAUGGGAGAGCGCGGCUAUGGGUUUCACCUGCACGGUGAACGGAAUAGAGGCGGACAGUUCAUCCGCAAAGUGGAGCCCGGCUCCUCGGCUGACCUGGCCGGGUUGAGACCAGGAGAUCGGGUGGUGGAGGUGAACGGGGAGAAUGUGGAGAACGAACCCCACCAUCAAGUGGUGAAUCGUAUCCGAGAUGUGCCCCACCGCACCAGGCUGCUGGUGGUGGACAGAGACACGGAUGACCACCUCCGCAGCCUCGGCCAGGCUUGCACGGAGGACCUAGCCAUUGAGAUGGGAAACCUCUCCCCGCGUCCCUCACCGGGGCCCACCCCUUCCUCCUCUCCCAUACCCAGAGAGACUUCACCCCUGUCACCCAAACCCAACCACACACACUCAUCUCACCCUGCUGCUGCAGACUCACCUACUCACAUGAUCACACAAGGCAAGGUCAAGAGAUCCUCAGUGACAUCAAGUACAGCAACUGACACAGAGCUGCAGGUAGAGCCCUCACCAGAGCCGAGAACUGAGCUCUUACCGCGACUGUGUCACCUGGUGAAGGGGGAGCAGGGCUACGGCUUCAACCUGCACAGCGAUAAGACAAAGUGUGGACAGUUUGUACGUUCUGUGGACCCCGGCUCAGCAGCUGAGAGCGCGGACAUCCGGCCUGGAGACAGACUAGUGGAGGUGAAUGGAGUGAACAUAGAUGGACUGAGGCACUCAGAGGUUGUGGCCCUCAUUAGAGCAGGAGGGGAGGAAGUCCGCCUCCUCGUGGUCGACCAGGAAACCGACGAGCUCUUCCACAGACUGGGGAUCUCACCCAUCGCCAGCCAUGUCCAAGAGGUCUAUGUGGACGAAUCAGCCACAGAAAGUGCCCCACCCACCCCUUCUCCUACCACUGAACUCCCUGCCACAGAUCCACCAGUCAUAAAUGUCACACUGACAGACUCUCCAAUCACAAAGAUGUCUCCAAAAUCCCGCACUAAUGGGAGCUCAGCAUCCCAGUCCUCUAGAAGCUCCACCACUCAGUCAGAGAUCAGCAGCUCAGACAUGAGCAUCCAGGUCCCUGAUGAGGAGGACAGGCGUGUGUCGGACCCUUUCGUUGACGGUGGCCUCCGUCUGAGUCCUACGGCUGCUGAGGCUAAACAAAAGGCCCUCGCCAGCCGCAACAAGAAGAGAGCGCCCCCUAUGGACUGGAGCAAGAAACAAGAGAUCUUCAGCAACUUCUGACCCUAGAAUGCAUGGAGAAAAAAAACAGAGGAAGCAGGAGAAUGACAUAGAACGAGGACUAAUAACAUGAUUCCUUACUGUUGAUAUUGUAAUCAUAAGCACAGUACCUCCAUCUUGCAGGUAGUAACAUUCACAUAGUAAUAUUCUUAAAUUCUGUUCUGUAUAAAAACUCACUGUAAGAUAUCAAAUAGUAUUCUCUAGAUACUUACUUUACAGUAUCUGUAAGGACAAGGACAUUAUGGAUGUUUCAUAAACGUACAACACACUGCAUGCAACAAGGACAGCAAUGACUGGCAGAGCAUCAAUUGAGAGACUUGUCAAAUGAAAUGGUGCGUGGUCACUGCACAGUGUUUCUCUUUAUUAAACCAUAGUCAUUUCUGAGCCAUGAGUAGUGACUAUGAGUCUAUAGCCGAUAUGCACUUCUGUUUGUGUGUCAGUGAUAUAAUCAGCAUGUGUCUGAAUUUGGGCCAUAUUUGCUACAGGUAUGUUUUUCUGUUGUAACCUCUGUAGAUUUAACUUUUUUGAAGUAAGUUUCAUGUCUUUUCAGUUUACUAUGAGCUCAACAUCCUGCAAUAGUUUUCUCUGUAAUAAUAUUUUGUUUGCCAGUUUAAUGUAGUGCAUACCUUUAAAUGCAAAUACAGAGGAAAUGGGAGAGGUUAAGUUAUGAUAUGUAUGUUUGAUCACCUCAGUGCUUCUCUUAAAUGUCAGUGAUUUCUGAAAAGGAAAAAUAUUUAAAAGACAAAUUGUGGACUAGAUAGAAAAAACUGUACACCUUCUGACUACUUCCCACAACGUGAAAUAAACAUUCAGAAUAUGUGUAAAAUGCCAGAUUAGUUAUCAAAAUAUAAAGUAAAAUGUGGCUGAAAAACCCUAUCGCGUUUUAACCUAUCACUAGGCUGUGC